CGACCGCGACUCACCCCACCCAACAGCAUCUCAUACGCGUGCGACAGCGCGUCAAUCGUCUCGGGACCUUUGACCUUGCACGCCCCCACGCCAGACCGGUUGACUUGUCGACACCCACGGUCCUACGUCACCCGCGCGCGUUGCAUGCACCUCCCCGCAGCUUUCUUCGAGCCUCACGCAAACUCGCUCUCUUUGCGAUAAAGAGAGUGCAGUCAUGGCUCCCGCCGGCAAGCGAAAGCGCGGCGACCGCAGCUAUUCCUACGACGAAGAGCAUUCGAGCCGCCCGUCGCCGCACCGCCCGCAGAACCUCGCCAUGGCUAGCCCGCAGCAGAGCAACUCGCCGCGAGGCGGACGGCGAGGCAGCCGUGGGCGCGGUGGCUACAGCAACAACGGCACUCACAACCCAGGCUCUGCGCAACAGUCGCCGACGACCAUGCAACCGCCUGCAAACACCCCCCAGCAGACGGCACCGAGACCCGCGCCGGCCACACCCUCGCAAUCGCCCGCGCCGCCCAAAGAGCCGCCCUUCAAGCCAGCAUCGCGCGAUGUCCCCGAAAGCAACGAGUACCUGACGCCCGAGCGUGUCCUCCAAUGGAAUGCCGCGGCUCGCAGUGCCGUGGUCCAGGCUGCCAUCGCAGCGCAGCAGGCAGGCGACGGCUUCAAUCUCAACAUCAUCUUCUUCGAGAUCAUACAUGCGGCCGGCGAGGGGCUCAUGGCUCCGGCUGAGCUCGGAUCUGUCGUUCGCGACAUCGUCACUGCUCCGACUGACGACCUAAUCGACCCCGUGGUCCACUUCUUGGAUUGCAUAAGUUCAUACGCAGAGCUCGACCCCAAGCGCGAGGAUGUCAAGAAGACCCAGCCGAUACAACACCUGUUGAUCGCGACAGAGAUUGAUCCAAACCAGAUGCGCCGGCAACUCGAGGAAAAACUACUGGAGCAGACGGAGCUGGUUCGCGGCACUUUCCACGUCAAGGGAGUUCGUGCGACCACCAAGGCCAUGUAUCAACAAGCCAACUACAAUCUUCUACGAGAGGAGACCGAAGGUUACUCUAAGCUCAUGACGGAAUACUUCACCACCGUCAACAGCGAGCCUCCGCGACACGAUGUUGUCUCCGAUACCUUCGAGCGAGUGAACGCCCUCAUUGGAACCUUUGACCUUGAUGUCGGCAGGGUCCUUGACGUCACGCUGGAUGUUUUCGCGAACCUUCUCGUCAAACACUACAGAUUCUUCAUCAAAUACCUACGAGUCAGUACCUGGUGGCCAACCCAACUCGGCACCGACAAUGUUGAGUGGCAGGAACCCGAUGUGAAGACACUACCCAAUUGGGCGCUGCCUACAUCGCAGAAUUGGUACUAUACCGAUGAGGAGAAGGAAGAGCAGCUACGCCUUCGCGAACUCCGUGAUGUAAAAUUCUGGCAGCGAGUGAAAGAAUUGGGCGAGAGGAAUGCCAUCAAGGCCUUCUUUGAGCUUGGUGCUCGCCCUAUUACUAGGACUCUUCGCGAAUCGGACAAAUCGAACCCAGACACUUCGCUCGUCAGCAAAAAGAGCGCGACGCAGGAAUGGGUCGAUCAAUGGAUAGAAGAGACUGGAACACUGCCUCCGCUUGGGAACGAAGUCGCUGCUCAGCUUCUUGGCUUCAAGCUGCAGUUCUAUGCCUCCAACCUACGUGAUCCCAGCGACGUCUUGCCAGACAACCUGAUUUACCUGGCCGCACUGCUUAUCAAAAUCGGUUUCAUCUCCAUAACGGACCUCUGGGGGCACCUUUACCCCCAAGCGGAAGAUUUGGAAAAGCUUCAGGCAAAGCUCAAAGCCGAGAAGGAAGAGAAGGAAGCAAAGCGGAAAGGAAAGACUGCAAACGCUUUGACUAUGGCUGGCGCGCUGUCCGACGAUACCCCCGCUGUACCCGCUGUUUCUCGGUUACGAGACGCCGAGAACAAGCCCUCGUCUAGACCGGAAACUGAACGAAACACACCUGCUCAAUCCGAUGAGGAGCCCAAACCCGCUUUGCCAGAACCCGUAGACCAAAAGGUAGCGCUUUUGCGAAGUCUUCUCUGCAUAGGUGCUAUUCCGGAGGCGUUGUUCACCCUCGGAACAAACAAAUGGAUGCUGGAGCUGUACCCCGACCUACACUCACACAUCUUCCGACUGGCCCACCAUUCCCUCAGCAAAGUUUACGAAGCAUCUCGACCCGUUCCACUAAACACAGUGCCUGUCUCUACCAAGGGUGCCAUUCCGAAUGCGGCCACACGUGCUAGCGAGUAUGUACCGCGACGGACUCUUCGAUGGGCGAAACCUGAGCUCAAGGACGCCGGUGAUGGCAUAGACUACCGAUUUUAUUGGGACGACUGGGCCGAUAACGUGCCUGUUUGCCAGUCCGUGGACGAUGUAUUCCUACUCUGUCAGUCCUGGCUAGGCAUGAUAGGUCCUGAGUGCGGAAGGGACGUCUUGCUUCUGACCAAACUUGCUCGGAUCGGACGAAAGAACAUCAUCGACGAUCCGUCUGCCCAGAAUAUGAAGCGUUGGUCAGAUCUCCUCGCCACCUUCCUCGUGCCUGCUCUCACCUUUACCGGCGAAAACCCUGGUGCCGUCAAUGAAAUGUGGGAACUUCUUAAGCAUUUCGACACAGCGACACGAUACACGAUUUACCAUCAAUGGGAGCAGUCCUUCAAACCGGUCAUGAAGACAGCUUUCGCAGAAGUGAUUUACAAGACCAACCAGAUACUGAAUCGGGUCGCCAACACCAACCUAGGGCAAAUGGGUAGAGCCAUAGCAAAGCUCGCCAACACUUGCCCUGUUAAGGUUUUCAAACAGACACUGGAGCGAGGGCAACAAUACGUCAACAUGAUCAAGGCUCUUGUGCGAUGCAGUCACUAUCUCACUCAGCUAGGCUACGACUGCCUCACUUACUCGCUUGUUGUCCAAAUCACUGCCGGGAACAAGCCGACGAUACAGAGCGAUGGAAUGCUGACAGAAGGUUGGCUGAAGAAUGCAGCAAGCUUCGUCGGCCAAGUCUACAAGGAGUACUCCAAGUAUAUGGAUCCCAAACCUAUCCUGGAAUACAUCAGCACUCAGCUACUCAACCGCGAGGGGGAGUUGUUCGUCAUGAAAGUUUUCGAAGAAUUGAUUACCCAUAUGGGCGGUGUCAAGAUUCCUGGCGUUAUGGCGGAGGCCAAGGUCAUUGCACUCUUCGCCGGACCUCGUUUACGCAAAUUCACCCUCAAAUCACUGAGUGACGACCGGUACAGCGGUGGUUUCCAGAAGCCUGCCGAGCGCCUCAUGAAUCAUUUCAGAGAAUCAGGUCUUGCAGCGCCCAUACUCAUUGCCCUGGCGGACCAAGUUCAAGCGUACCUCUACCGUGAGAACCAACGCAAAGUUCCUGACAAGGUUGUCUUGUUCAAUUACGACAACCUCAAGCUCAACUUCAUCCAAUUCCUCGACUUUCUCCGUCAUCAUCUCAACACCGAGGAGUUCGACAAACAGAUUCCUGGACUUGUCGAAUUGAUGUCCGAGUAUUACCUAGACACGGAUCUCGCCUUUCAAAUCUCUCGCGACAGCAUAACCGCUAAAGCGAACGACUUUCGGCUGCGAUCUCGGGCACCUGUUGAGAAGGUCUCCGGUGGUGAUGCGAUCAUGGAAGAUGCAACCCCGACAGAAAGCGGUACCACGAAAGAAACUCCUGCUGUCGCUGCGGCCGGCAUUGAAGAUGUGGAGAUGGGUGAAGCCACGACUUCUGGCACGAUCAGUGGCGAUCAAACAAAGCCGCGUGAAGGUUACGUCACGGUUCCCAAGUCGAAUGCGGAAAUUGAUAUGUUGGUGUCGAAACUUAAAGCAACUCUGCCAGGAAGGUUUGGAAGCCAUCCCUGUCUUCCCUUUCUUGUUACAUUUUGGCAACUUUCUUUGAAGGAUGUCCAAGACCCUAAAAUGGCCUUACUCAAGCGCCUAUAUCAGGACGCUAAGGACAGCACUUUCAAGGAUGCCACAAAGAACGAUGGGCGUCGCACGAACACAACUGUCGAUAAGGUCCGCGAAGCAAGGGCAGAGGCUGACCAAGUUAUGGUCGAGUUUGAGGAAUUUGGCAAACAGUCUCAACUCAUCCAGUCUAGUCUGCAAGAAGAGAUGCAUUUCUGGUUUUCCGACGUUCCUUCCAUGGACCCGACUCUACACAUGACGCUUCUGCAGGAUUGCUUUCUCGCACGCGCUCGCAUGUCUUUGCAGGACGCUCAGUUCAGCGCUUCCAUGCUGUUCUUCAUGCAUAAAUCCAAGGUACCGAAAUUCCGCCUGAUCAAGGUACUGGACGAUUUAUUCAACACUGGGCGACUUUCUGCAAUGUUUUUCUCUAUGAGCGAGGACGAGUCCAAGAACGUCGGCCGAUUCAUGAACGACAUACUUCAAGAGUUGGGUCGCUGGCACAGCAGCGAGCGCAUAUACAAACAAUUCGAAUGUGUAAAGGUCUUCAACGACGAAGGCCGGCCGAAAAACCCGGACUCUUUCCUAAAGUAUACCGAAUUCCGAUUGCUGCUUGGCAAAUGGCACAACAAGAUGCAUGAUGCUUUGCACGGAUGCCUGCGGCACGGAGACUUAGGUGAUAAGCAUCUGAAAACAACAGCACAGUACACCGAGCUACGAAACUCCAUCAACAUUCUGAAAGCUGUAGCACCCUCAUUCCCCAGGAUGCGCGAGAAUGCUACCUCGCUCCAAGAAGAUCUCAUCCACUACGCAGAUGAGAAGAUGGAAGAGCGUGCAGACAUUCGCGUUGCAGCGACUUCGCUCCAAUCCGAAUUCAUAAAAAGACAAAAGACCUUGCGAAGCCACACCAUGUUUGUCACAGGAAAGGAAGAUCCAAAGGAGUCGACACCCGCUCGUGCUGCGACACCCGCCUCGAAGACCACUGACCAAGAUACUGGAUCCAAGAAGCUCAGUGCUGCGGCUGAAGCUUUCCAGCCCAAGCCUUCUACAACAAACGGAAUCACCAGCUCUGCAAGCGAGAAGAGUGCAUCUGACGAACGAAAGGCAACCCACUCUGUUAGCUCCAUGUCACGCGUGAACGGAAAUGAUACGGCUCGACCUUCACGAGCUUCUGAACAGUCGGCAUCCUCGCAGUUCCAAGGUAGAGACAGCGCGAAGCGAUUGGGACAUGGUCCGGGUUCAGCUUCCGCAAACCUUUCCCCGGUACCCCCAAGGCCAGACAGCAGAGGAGGUUACCAAGCGCAACAGUCCAGUCGGGCUGGACACAACCUACCGACAAGACCCGAUACUCAACCUCUGCGACCCAGGCCGAACGAUCGCCCAAGCCAUCCCCCAGUGGAAUACAAUCAAAGCCACGGGCGCCAUGAAACGAGGACCAACGGCCCAAGUGAGUAUGGACGUCUUGAGCGACCGGGCGCUCUACGAGGCCGCUCAGCGUCUCCUGGCCAUCACUCGCGUCCGAGAUCACAAGACAGGGCAGCUGCUGUAGGCGAUCGCCAGGAGUGGGCUGGACGCGAAGCUCGCGAAUACGAAGACCGUUCUGUACGAGGACCACCUGUACCACGAGACGCACGUGGUGGCCCGCUCGAUAGGAACGCCCAGUAUGCGGAUAACCUUCGAGACCAUCGAGACAAUCGCGAUCAGCGGGACUAUAGGACGAGGGACUCUACGCGUGAGCGAACCGACAGUCGAGGUCCUGCACCAUUGCCGACGACACCAGCCGAUAAUCGAGGUCGUCUGCAUGCGGGUUCUAAUAUGGCACCGAAUGAGGCACCCGCUCAUCGACGCGAUGCUCCCGGUCAUCACAAUGAACGCGGUCCCCUUCCGCCACGUCCAACAAUCCAUACUGACACCCCGGGACCCAGCGUCAAUCCGGCACGUGCAGCAUUGAUAGAGCAAGGAGACAGCCUCGACCGCGGGCCACCUCCACGAUCUGCGUACUCGAAAGACGACCGCAUCAACCCCGAGCGUGCUGCAUUCAUCCCAGAUGAUCGCAGCAGGAACACUCCUGUUCGGUCGGAUCGCGACAGUCGUGAUCCUCGAGCCCCUUUCGAUAAGGAAGGAGACCGACACGGGCGUGACGGACGAAGCUCGUUUAUUGAGGGUGAUCGUCAUGGACGCGAUUCCCGAGCGGCGUACGCGAAGGAAGAUCAAAUUAGGACUCCUGGCGGAAGACCGGAUCGGGACGUUCGCUCUGAUGACCGCGAUUUGCGCAGAGGACCAGGAUCAGACCGACAUGAUGAGCGCCCUCCCGCUGCGUACUAUGGAAACCACAACCGUCCGGAGUAUCGUGACGAGCGAUCUCAGGCUCAACCAUACCCUACUUCUCGCGACCGGCGUGAUGAGUUUUCCAGCAACGCUCCCACCGGACCACGCAGCGGCCGUGAUGGCAUCAGUUCCUCGCACGUAUCGCGUGAGAUGUUCCAACCCUCUCAGUCGUCUCGACCAGUGGCAUCACGUCAGGACCCAAGUUAUGGAAGGUUGAACCAACCAGCCGAGUCGAUCCCCUCAGGCCCAAGGAACCCAUCGUCAGACAGCCGUGACAUGCGAUCACAUCCAUCAACGUCGAACCCAAACGCUACUCCGGUAACACCUCAGUCGACAGGCGUUCAUCCGAGCCGCAUGGGUUUGGUGAAUAGUUUUGAUGGUGCGCGUGGCCCGACUGGUCCACCGCCGCCACCCCUGCAGACUGACAUCUCGAACGCACCUAGUGGUCCUCGGGGCUCUGGACGUACACCGUUGCCCUCGCCUUCAACCCGUGGGCCACCGACCGGCCCAGCUGGUCCAGAUCGCCAUGUCCGCCGACAGGACAGUCGCACUGCACUGGGAGCUAUCAACAACGUCCUUGCGCAGAGCGGUCAGACUCAGGCUUCGCCGCCUGCUGCUCCGGCGCCCGUUGAGCGGUCGGGGGAACGGAGCCAUCGAAAGAGUGAGAGGAGCAGAGAUGACGAGCGCAAAGGUGAUGAGAGGCCGCGAGAGAAGAGGGAUAGCAGUCGACGGGACCGCACCGAGCGCGAACCACGCACUGAGCGGGAUGGUUCACACCGCGAGAGGAGCGAAAGGAGUGACCGAGACCGCCGAGGCGACGAUCGGAGGAAAGAAGAUCGAGAGCGCGACCGCAAAGGCGAGAAGCGAUCGCGGGAACCGACGGAUCAGCCGCAUGGGGAGACGAAGCGCUCCCGGCGUUGAAGCAGCACUAACCUGGUGACUGGCUUAUACAUUUUGCACACUUUUCCUUUUUGUUUUGUUCAUCGAGUUUCUGCUCGUUUACGGUGUGUACUUGAAGGCAAUUUGCAUGCAUAGCGAUGGCGUAUGUUUGGGAUCAUUGGGAGAUACCCGUCUGGAGAUCUGGAGGCAUUCUCGGCGCUUGGGCACGUUUGGGUAUCCCGAGGCUAUAUCGGUGAUGGGAGCGAGACUUGCACAUGUAGUAUAGUGAAAAGGAAGCGCGGAAGAGUAAAUGAAUGUAACAACACGUC